CCAGGACAUGGGCAGCCUGAACCGGCAGAUCGCGCAGCUGCAGCGGCUGCGGGCGCGGGCGGCGCCGGCGGGGCGGCACCUGCAGAGCCACUCGGGGGGCGUGCUGCUGUCCCUGCAGUCCAAGCUGGCCUCGAUGUCCAACGAGUUCAAAUCCGUGCUGGAGGUGCGGACGGAGAACCUGAAGCAGCAGCGCAGCCGUCGGGAACAUUUCUCCCGGGCCCCCAUCUCUGCCCUGGCUGCCAACAACCUCAGCAGCCCCGCCGUGCUCCAGGCCGAGCCGCAGCGCCCGGGCGCCGUGGCCAUCGACAUGGACAGCAGGACCAGCCAGCAGCUGCAGCUGCUGGAUGAGCAGGACUCGUACAUCCAGAGCCGGGCCGACACCAUGCAGAACAUCGAGUCCACCAUCGUGGAGCUGGGCUCCAUCUUCCAGCAGCUGGCACACAUGGUCAAGGAGCAGGAGGAGACCAUCCAGAGGUGCCGCGGAGCCCCCCGAGCCCCCUCCCUG